GGACCGUAGAAGAACUGGGAUUGUUUCUCUUCCCCUGUGGAUGUGAGAAAAUGUGAAACUGAACUUCUUUGGGCCGGAGAUGGGGACGCUGUGCUCAGGGCUCACCGGAAUGUAAAGUCCGGGUUCUGGGUCGCUGUUUUGUCCGCUGGGAAAUGGACGAGAUAAGCCCUUUGCUGGGACACCAGCACCAGCAGAGCCCAGACCUCCUGUCUCCCAACCUGAGGCCGCGGCACCAGGACCUGAUCCCCACGCCAUGCGGCCCGAUCAAGUCGUGGGGGGAGCUGUCGUCCCUGCUGAAGCUCUACUUCUGCUUCACCAUCGCGUCCCUGUUGGCGCUGCUGGGCCUCACCGGCUACAGCAUCUACCAGCAGCACAUGGACACGGACAUCAGCGACGAGGACAACUUCACCGUGUCCCUCAUCCAGCUGGUGGGAAUAUUGUUCUGCAUCUACUACACCAGCCGAGGCGUCCUGCAGGAGAACCGGCAGGAGCUGAUGGCCUUCGUGCUCAGCGUGCUGGUGGUCAUGAUCCGGUCCGUGGUCAACUUCUCCGUGGUGGGGUCAAAGGGCAAGCAGGGCCUGCUGCUGAAGGUUCGAUUCUGGAGCAUCGUGUGCCUGGGAGCCGUGCACGUGUUCUGCACCGUCCUCCUCAUCCGCAGGCCCAACAUGAUGGCCUUCCGGGUGGGCGGCGCCCUGGAGAGCGUCCAGGAGCAGUACUUCCUCCUCAACCUGUGCUUCUCCAUGGUGACCUUUGACCUGCAGGCCCAGCUGUGCCUCUGCAUCCUGAUCACCACGCUGGACUCCUCCAUGUCCGCCGCCAACUCGCUCAUCCUGGGCGUGGGCGUGGCCUGGGCCGUCCUGACCGCCGCCGUGGGCGCCGUGGCGGUUUUAAAGGAAGUCAAGCUCCUGGUUUGGGUCUUCAUGGUCAUGAAUCUUCCCCAAGUGGCCUACUUUGUUUACCUAAUGUACACGGUGGUGGAGAAAUGGUUCCAUGACAGCACGUACACGCUGGAGGCCGCCGCCGUCACCGGAGCCUCCAUCUCCCUGCUCAUCAAAGCCGCGCUGUGGGGGGGGCUCUACAGGCUGGUGCGCAACUUCGGACAGGGCCUGAGAGAGAGAAUGUUUGCCUCCAGCUGCUGACGCGCCCACAGCUGUCCGUGGGCCGAGGACGGCGCUCUAAACACCUGGAGUUGUUUUUUUUAAACUAACCCAGCAUUAUUUCCACAUUCAUUUACCCCAAUGUGUCCAUAAUUUCUGAGAUUGAAUCAGAGUUUGUCUGGUUGGAAAAGUGGAAGAAACGCCGGCGUUGUUCGUCUUUCGCAAGGGACCAUUAUUUGUACUCUGGCUCUAAAUGUAAAUCUAAUGUUGUUUGAUAAUGUUUUUUUUAAAGUGACCUACAUCCUCCAGUGUUUUCUGGGAGCCCGCCUAGUGAUUCACAUCCGCUUGUGUCUUCUACUGAACUUUCUGCUGCACUUUAAUGCACCCAAGUGGUUUUUCUAAUGAAAUAUUCUUAAUAUUAAAA